AUGGAAUCUUUGUAUCAUCAGACGAACAAAUUGCUUCAAGAAGUGCAUGGAGACUUGGCACGUAUAGAAAGGACUAAAGAUCGGGAAGCUGCAGACAGAGUAGAGAAUGAGGUGCAGGCACACAUUGACCACAUCAUCAGUAACUGUGAACGGCUGGAUGUCCUGGUGAUGAAGGAACCCCCGGUUCGAAGAGCUAAUGCAAAACUCAGAGUGGAUCAGCUGAAAUACGACUGUCAGCACUUACAGAGUUCCUUACGUCAGUUGCAACAUAAAAGGUUCAUCAGAGAACAAGAAGAUUAUGAGAGAGAAGCACUGCUGUCAAGACCAUUCACAACAAAUGAGCAAGACACAUCUAUCAUGAUAGAUCCCGCUCUCCGACAUCACACCAAGCUAAACGAUUCCAACAAACUGAUGGACAACUUGAUAGGUCAAGGAGGGAGCAUCUUGACCAAUCUCAGGGACCAGCGGAUGACACUGAAAGGUGCGCACCGGCGCCUCUUGGAUUUAACAAACACUUUAGGUUUAACAAAUACUGUAAUGCGCCUGAUUGAAAAAAGGUCUGGCCAAGAUAAAAUUAUUAUGUUUAUUUUGAUGUUAGUCUGUCUUAUCUUCAUGUAUCUGGUUUGGAAGUACUUUGCAUAA